AUGGCUUCAACCAGAAUGGAAAGCCCUGCAACAUUACAAGCCGGAAACCUCUUCAGCGUAACAGGACUCAUCGCAGUCGUGACAGGUGGCGGCACAGGCAUAGGCCUUCUUAUAACCAAAGCACUGGUUGCCAAUGGGGCCACUGUUUAUAUAUUGGGAAGGCGCGGCGAUGUUUUGAGGCAGGCCGCUCAGAGUAUAGGUGUUGAGGCUGUGAAGCCGGUUAUUUGCGAUGUCACUUCCAAGGCAAGCCUCACAUCCGCCGUAAACGUGAUCUCGGCGGAUACCGGAUACAUCAAUCUGCUCAUCUGCAACGCCGGCAUCAGUGGUCCGCAAACGCAUCUACCAUCUUCAGAGCACCAGAUAUCAGUCGAAGAUUUCUCACGUGUCAACAUGGACGUGUCGAUUGAAGACUAUACCCGAACCUUCAGGGCGAAUGUUGUUGCAACCUGGUACACUACCAUGGCCUUCCUAAGGCUCCUAGACGCCGGCAACAGAAAGGGCAACGUGCGGCAGAAAUCUCAGGUAGUGGCUAUCACGUCCAUAGCCGCUUUCAACAAGGACGUCAGUACUUUGAGCUUUCCUCUUCCUUCGUCAUUCAUUGUAGCUCACUUUGAAUCUCCAAGUAUACCCGAGCGAGAUGUCCGGCCCCAUUAUAGACCGAGGGGGAAUUGGAAGAGACAUGGUACCCCUGGAGAGGGUAGGAAAUGA